AUGAUUUAUGAGUUCAAGAACAUCCAUGCAAAGAUUGAUGGGAACUAUUCUGACCUCAACAACAAGUACAUGCAACUUGCCUCUCAUCUCAAGGCUUUGGAGAGUCAAGUUGCUUCUAUGCCUUCAUCCUCCAAGCAGCCAAUGGAGUCUCUACCAGGGAAACCAGAAAAAAAACCCCAAGGAGUCUUGCAAUCAGAAGCACAAAUUGUGAAGAACGCUGCCAGGAAGGUUGAAGCAACGAAUUUGCAAAGAGCUGAGCACAAGGCUGAGAAACAAGUUGAGAAGAGAGCUGACAACAAGCUGAAAGAGGUUAAGCUAAAGGAAGCCACUGAGGUUGAGCUAUCACCCUAUGAUAAGCUCCCUUUCCCCCAAAGAGUUCUCACCAAAGUUCAGAAGAAGGUGCUUUCCAAGUUCAGGAAAGAUCUUAGUGAUGUUGGGGUCAGGCUUCCAGAAAUCUCGGGUAUGCGUGAAGCUCAUAUGAUGAAGAGUCUAGGGAUUGAGAGCAUGAAGCCAAACACAUCUUCCCUACAGUUUGGAGAUUCCUCUUCUACAACCCCUAUUGGUCUCAUCAAGGACUUCCCUUUGAAGAUUGGAGCAUGCACCAUUCCUAUAGACCUCACUGUUCUGAAGAUGGCAACUGAGAAGAGAGUCCCAUUGAUCAUUGGCACUCCAUUCCUCACAACAGUGGGAGCUUGCAUAGACUUUGCCAACAAGAAGGUCACACUCCUAAAUGUGAACAAUCACUUGUGGACCAUACUCCACUACAAUCCCCAAAGAUGA